GUCUUUGUAUUUGUAUCUUUUACUUCACUUUUAAGCAUUGCUGGAGUUGGUGCACUGAUGAAAGAAAUCAAGAUAUAUGCAAGUGAAGAAUCAAACAAGCAUUCAGGAGCAUUAGUCUUUUUAUUUGGGCAACUCCUCUCAAGCAUUCCAUUUUUGUUCCUCAUCUCCAUAUCUACGAGUCUCAUAUUCUAUUUCCUAAUAGGAUUGAGAGAUGAGUUUAGCUUGCUGAUCUACUUUGUCCUGAAUUUCUUCACGUGCCUUCUUGUAAAUGAAGGACUGAUGCUGGUUGUUGCUUCUUUGUGGAAAGACGUUUACUGGAGUAUCUUGACCCUUGUAUGCAUACAGGUUGUAAUGAUGCUUGCUGCAGGAUAUUUCAGAAUCCGUAGUCAAUUGCCCGGACCCAUAUGGAUGUAUCCAUUAUCAUACAUUGCUUUCCACACUUAUUCUGUCCAGGGCCUUUUGGAGAAUGAGUACCUAGGUACCUCUUUUGCAGUGGGGCAGGUAAGGACAAUAUCUGGGUUUCAGGCACUGCAGGAUGCAUACGCUAUCUCCCCAGACAGCAAUUCCAAGUGGGAGAACUUACUGGUAUUGUUUCUUAUGGCAGUUGGGUAUCGUGUUCUCCUUUUUAUAUUGCUACAUUUUCAUUAUGUCUGUGAUGAGCUAGAUAUUUUAGAUUUGCUUGAAGGUGGCACUGUUCUGCAAGAACCAAUUGAUGAAGGCACAAUGGACAUUGGGGAAGGCUGUGUGACACAAAAUGCACAACCAGCCCCAAAUUUUCAUGAAACUCCAAAAACAGCAGCUAAAGGUGAUGCUGAUGAAACAGAUGCACUGCAUAGAGGUGAUGCAACCCAACAAGAAGAUCUACAGAACAAUGAUCAUGAUGAUGAGGAUUUGCUUGAUAUUGUGCCUUGUGAUGUAGAUGAUGAGGAGGUGCUUGAAUCUACUCGCAAUAAAAAGAAACAUAAAGCCAAUGCAAGUGCAAGUGCAAGAAAAAAUGCAGAUGGUGCUAGACCAAGCGGCACAAUCCAUGACUCCCCUACCACAGUUAAUGAAGAGGGUGAAAGGGUUCCUAUAGGAACUGAUGACCAUGGAGAUUUGGGUUCUUAUUCUAGCUUUGAAAAUAGUGAAGAUGAAUUUGAGGUUUCUAGUGAUGAUUCAGGUGAGUACAAUGUUGCAGAUGAACAUGAACUUGAAGAAGAAGAAGAAGAAGAUGUAAGAACUACUAGGAGUAGUGAUUUAUGGUUUAAUCCUUCAUGGACUACUGUUUGGUUUGAGGUAGGGAUGAGGUUUGAGCAUGUAGCACAGUUUAAGGAGGCUAUAGCUAAAUACCAAAUUCAAAAAGGCUGAAUUCCAUGUCCUCAUGCAUUGUCUGCGAUAGGUUUAGGUAACUUCGACCCGGAUGAAUUUGUAUCAAUUUGGUACCAAAGGGUUAAGUAUGAAUGUGCAUACAAUGUACCAAUCAUGCCUUGUAAUGGUGAGAAAUUCUGGGAAAAUUAUCAUGGGAAGCCACUAGAACCACUGCCAUUUAGAUGCAAGCAGGGUAGGCCGAAGGUGAAUAGGAGGAAGGGUGAUAAUGAAACCAGAAAGGUGAAGGUGGACAAAUCACGUGCUCACUUUGCAAGCAACCUGGAGACAACAAAAAGGGAUGGCCCAAAAGGCCAACUAAAAGGAGCAUUAGUAAGCACUCACCAGCUAAUACCAAGAAAACCUCCAACUUGUGGACAUUGUAAGCAGCCUGGUCACACCAAGACAACAUACACUGCUAGAUAUUUUGUUGAUGAAAAUUCUGGUCAAUCUGAUGGACUAAGAAGAAAAAAGAAGCACAGAUUUGGUAAAUAUAUUAAUUCACCAGAAUUGAACCCUCAAGGUCUGCAAGGGGAGAUCGCUAUGAGACAUACCCAUCCUAGCCAAUUUCAUAAAGCACAGCCACCUCGGAAAUCAGCCAAGAAGAAGGGAUCAAGUGAAGCUUGAGGAAUGGUUUUUUUUUUUUUUUUUUUUUUUGGUUUGAUGCAUGGGAGUAAAGAACUUUGCUUUAAGGUUGCAAAAGGUGUUUUUUGUAGGUAUUUGGCAGGAAUAUGUAGCAUUUUUUUGGUAGGAUCUAUAUUUGGUAAGAAUAUGUAGCAUUUUUUUUAUUUUGGAUUUUUGGAGUAUUGGAUGAAAUUCUGGGAAAAUGGUGGAUAUCUUUGUCUCUUGUCAGCUUUUGUGCAAUCCUAAUAAGAUAAUUGUGUAAAU